AUGUACGAAGCGUGGAGCUUCCAAUGCAUAGCAUUCAUAGACGAAGCGCUGAGUUUCCAAUGCGUUACUUACUUACACGAAGCGCGGAGCUUCCAAUGCAUAACGUUUAUACACGAAACGCGGAGCUUCCAAUGCUUAACGACCAUGUACGAAGAGUGGAGCUUCCAAUGCAUAGCAUUCAUAGACGAAGCGCUGAGUUUCCAAUGCGUUACUUACUUACACGAAGCGCGGAGCUUCAAAUGCAUAACGUUUAUACACGAAGCGCGGAACUUCCAAUGCAUAGCAUUCAUACACGGAGCCCUGAGUGUCCAAUACGUUACUUCCUUACACGAAGCGCUGAGCUUCCAAUGCGUAACUUCCUUACACAAAGCGCGGAGCUUCCAAUGCACAACAUCCACACAUGAAGCGCGGAGCUUUCAAUGCGUAGCAACCGUGUGCCAAUCGUGGAGCUUCAGACACAUAACAUUCACGCACGAAGCACGGAGCUUUCAAUGCGCAGCAACCAUGUGCCAAUCGUGGAGCUUCAGACACAUAACAUUCACGCACGAAGCGCGGGGCUUCCAAUGCAUAACAUCCACACAUGAAGCGCGGAGCUUCCAAUGCGUCGCGACCAUGUGC